GCGACGGGACAGGACGGGACAGAGCGGUGCUGUGAGGAGCCCCCACACAGCGCACUCGUUCGUGUCCGACCCGGAGCUUUUUCCAGACGCUGUUCCUGCAGCUGGCCUUGCGGCCAGACUGUGGCAUUUGGUGACUCGGAUCUUUUCCAAGACAUCUAUCCCUGUGGCCUGUGCACUCCAGGCCAGACCGCGGGAUUUGGUGACCUGAAUCGUUGUUGAGGAGUCUCCUGUGAUUUUGGCAGGAGUCCUCAAGACCAAAGUGCAGGUCUUGCUGCUUGCUGUCCUGCUGCCUUCCUGAGGCUUCUCUCUUGCUGGUGCUUUCAGCAACUGCAAGACUUGUUGACUUGGCAAUAUCCUGAGGAACCUCUAUUUAAGGUGCCCUCUAGGCCAGACUCUGACAUGGCAGGCAGAUUCCUUGGCUUGUUCAAAGUGCUCAGGGGGAAAAAAAAACAAAGGCCCUGGAGCUGCCCCAGCAGAACAGCCUGAAGAGCCGGAGCAGAUCCAGACACUGCAGGAUGAUGCAGCCGUGGAGCGCACACAAGAGCAGCAAUCCAGCCGUGGCCGCUUCCACAGAACCCUGAAGGUACCUGCAGCCAUCCCAUCCAUGGGCUGGGCCUGCUGUCCCUGCUCAGCCGAGCACUACGCUUGGAGAAUGCCAUGGAGCAUCUCUGGCUUCCCUGUCCUGCAGAUGUUCCGGAAGUUUCUGCGAGUUCAGCACAGAGAGACCGGGACCAGUGCAGCUGAGGGCCCAGCCGAGCCUGACUCGGGGCUGACCGAGCUCCAGGCAGAGCCUGAUGUCAGCCUGGAUUCAGCUGAGCACUUUCAAGACUCUGACACCAUAAUGAAUGAGGACACAGCAAACGGAGACAAGGCAGUGACUGAGGACGUGGCCAUGACAAAUGCCAACACUGGAGAGACUGAAGCCACCGCAAAUCCUGACACCACGCCCACUCCAACUCUGAUCGAGGAAUUAAUACCAGAGUAUUUCAGGGACCCUUGUCUUUCGUCUCAGGAGCAGCUAAGCAGGCUGGGAUCAGGCCUGGAGGCCUCCCAGGACUUUGUGCCCCCUCAAGCCGUGAUUACUGGGGCCCCUCAGCCUUUGAGGCCAGCACAGUGUGGCGGGAAGGGAAGCUGGGGAAGUUGCUCCCUUGAAGAGCGCUCCAAGUUUCCCCCAGGUGUCCUCCAGGUGCCAGCCAUUGUAAGGAACAUCCACCAGAGGCUGGUGUCCCAUGACACUGUGGAUGCCAGGCUGAAAAUUGACAUUGUGAGGCUGGCUGAAGAACAUCCUGUUGAUGUGGUGCUGACCCUCCUGCGCUGUGCCCCAACGUGUGACAGCCAUUUCAGUCCCAAGGAAAGACACUAGUCUGUCCCACUGAAACCUGAAUAUUCACGCCCGGUUUGCCAGAAGAGCUGAAGAAUUAGGUCCAUCUUCAGGAUGCGGUGAACCAGUGUCCCAAGAACAGCACCAGGAGACACUGAACAGGACACCAUCUCCCAUUGCCACUGGAGCUCCAGGCACAGCUGAUGAUUGGUACAGCUGAGCCUGUGGGAAGCUCGCAUGGCUUCUGGCCUUUCCCUGCCUGUAGAUACCUCCCUCCCUCCAGCCCUCAGACACUGCCCAUUCCCUCUUCCCCUCCCAUAUCACCCCUUGUUUUUGGAUUUCAUUAAUAAACGGUUUGGCUUCUUCACUUUG